CCCCCCCUCCCUCCCUACAGCCCACCCCUGGGCGCUGGGCCCCGGCCCGGGCCCUGCCUUCCAGCCCGCCCGCCCAGGCCGCGGCCAGCACCGACAUGUCGGAGGCUUUCGCACAGCGACACAUCAAGCAGGAGCGAAACGCAUACACGCCUCCCGUCAGCCCUGUGCCGCCGUUCCCCAGCUCCGUGCACGGGGCUGCCUCCGAGUGUAGACGCAUGGCAGAUGGAUCGCACGCUCUCCCUGCUCACCUCAGGUUGCAGCCAGUGUUCUGGAGCAGGCUGGAUGUCGGUCAGUGGCUGAAGUGGGCAGAGCAGGAAUACUCUCUGCGCCCGAUGGACUGCGACAUGUUUGAGAUGAACGGCAAAGCUCUCUGCCUACUGACCAAAGAGGACUUCAGGUACCGGUGCCCACACUCAGGAGAUGUCCUCUAUGAAUUACUACAUCACAUCCUGAAACAGCGGGGAUCGCCUGUUUGGUACCCACCGUUUCUGCAGCCAGGGAACACCUCACACAAUCCACCGGGGGUCAUCCUUCAUAAUCACUUGGAAACUGCAGGUGUGGUGCACAGGAACUUGCGGCCCUUGGAGCACAUCAGCCUCCGGUCCCAGUCUUCCGUGGAGCCGUCACAGAGAUUGCUUCAGUCGCCGGCACGGAAUAACCACCGGCCAUCUCCAAAGACGGACCAGGAAAGCUUGCACGGCCUCCUGCCGCCAAUGGACAGAAACCAGACGCCCAGGUCUCAGGUGGAGAACAUGCACGGCUCCCCGCCAGACAUGGAGCAAAGACUUUCCAUUUCCCCAGUGGACGAGAACCAUUGCCCCUUGGGCAACGAGCAGAUCCUGCAUCCUCAGCAUGCUGAUGGCUCGCCGCAGGACAACUCUCGCAUUGUCCAGUUAAUUUCCACUUCUAUGAUGAACCCCAUUAUCCUGAACAGCCGGCAGCUCUCGGAGUUCAGGCCCAGACUGUCCGAGGAGAACGUGCACAAGGAGAAGCCGUUAAACCUCUCCCAUAAGGAGGAGCUGCUGUACAGGAACCAUCUCAUGGUGCCCAUGGCAGCUCAGGACGAGUCACUCAUGCCCAUAGGAAGGAUUGCAGACUGCAGGCUCCUGUGGGACUACGUCUACCAGCUGCUGUCUGACAGCAGAUACGAAGGGUUCAUCCGAUGGGAGGACCACGAGUCAAAGGUUUUCCGAAUCGUGGAUCCCAAUGGCCUUGCCCGUCUGUGGGGAAACCACAAGAACAGAACAAACAUGACGUAUGAGAAAAUGUCAAGAGCUCUUCGCCAUUACUACAAACUCAACAUCAUCAAGAAGGAGCCUGGUCAGCGGCUCCUGUUCAGGUUUAUGAAGACGCCGGAUGAGAUUGUGAACAGCCGUGCAGAUCGCUUGGAGCACCUGGAGUGCCAGGAAAUGGAGGAGCCUCUGUACCAGGAUGAGGAGUGCUGAGUGCGGCAGUGGGAGAACUGGGAACACUCACUGGAUGCGACUCACACGCCAAGGCAUCGCGGCUUGUUGGACUGGCCACCCCGAGUUAUGGAGCGGGAAGUAGCUCUGUGUGAAGUGCUGGAGGGCCACUAGCUCUCGCUAAAUCUAUUCUACACCUGCUGUUUCAUUACUGUGACAACCUUCAACCAUUUAUUUGACCAGUGAUUGGGAGUGAUGAAGGACAAGCAGAGGUUCAGCCCAGACCCAGAAGCCUACGAAGAGUAGAAGAUGCUGCCAUCUCUGAGGUCCCGUCAUGGAGUCUGAUCUACCUCUGGGCCAGGGAGCCAGGAGAGUGGAGCCAGUCCUGGCUGAUCGAUCUUAUGCUGGAACUCUGUCUGUGUCAGCCUGCUAGGGUGGGGGAGUGGGAUAUCCUGCUGUCCAAUGCACUAUUUCUCUUAAUAAUUUUAACUUGAAUUUUGAGUUUUUUUUAAAAACUGCGCAAAUGCAAUUUCUUGCUCUCUUUUUCUCUCUGAGCUCACGCUGAGAAUCCAUAUUUCUGACAAAACACACUUUGUAUCGACUCUUUUUGAACAAUGCUACAUCUUGAAUUAAAAUGAAAAUGGAUUUUAAAUGGG